AUGAGUUGCAGACAGAUGGCCUCAUCUUUCUGGAGUCGCAGCAGCAGCAGCAGCAGCUGCGGCGGUGGCGGAGGAGGCAGAGGGGGCAGCGGGGGCAGCAUGCGAUCUUCUUUCAGUCGCUCCUCCAGGGCUGGUGGAGGAGGGGGCCGCUUUAGCUCUUCCAGUGGCUUUGGCGGGGGUGGCCUUUCGGCCUGUGGCAGUGGAGGUGGUGGCAGCUAUGGUGGAGGAUCCAGAGGGGGCUUUAGUGCAGGGAGUUCUGGCGGUAUGUUUGGGGGAGGAGGUUCUAAGGGCUUCGGUGGUGGCUCUGGAGGUGGCUCUGGAGGUGGCUUUGGUGGUGGCUCUGGAGGUGGCUUUGGUGGUGGCUCUGGAGGUGGCUUUGGUGGUGGCUCUGGAGGUGGUGGCUUCGGUGGUGGCUCUGGAGGUGGCGAAGGUGGUAUUCUGAAUACCAAUGAGAAGGUCGUCAUGCAGAAUCUCAAUUCCCGUCUGGCCUCCUACAUGGAUAAAGUACAGGAAUUGGAGCAGGACAACACCUCCCUGGAGAAACAGAUCCAGGAAUGGUAUUCAAAGAAGGGGUCCAGAAUCUUCCAGAAGGAUUACUCUCAUUUCUACAACACUAUUGAAGAUCUGAAGGACAGGAUUGUAGACCUCACAAUGAGGAACAACAAAACACUCCUGGACAUGGACAACACUCGCAUGACUAUGGAUGACUUCAGAAUUAAGUUUGAGAUGGAGCAGACCUUGCGGCAAGGGGUGGAGGCUGAUAUCAACGGCCUGCAGAAGGUGUUGGAAGGUCUGAAGAUGGAGAAAUCUGAUCUGGAGAUACAGCUUGAUACUCUGGAGGAUGAGCUGAAUGCUGUUAAGAAGAAUCACCAGGAGGAAAUGAGGCUGCUGACGGGUAAGAAUGAUGGAGAUGUUAGUGUGGAGAUAAAUGUUGCCCCCGGCACAGAUCUCACCCAGGUCCUCAAUAACAUGCGUGAGGAGUACGAGCAUCUCAUUUCUAAGAACCGGCAGGACAUUGAGCAACACUAUGAGUCCAAGAUGACCCAGAUUGAACAAGAGGUGACCAACAGUGGCCAAGAGAUGGAGAGCAACAUGAAGGAGGUGUCUCAGCUCCGGCACAGCAUCCAGGAGUCGGAAAUUGAGCUGCAGACUCAGCUUAGCACGAAAUCGGCCUUAGAGAAGGCUUUGGAAGACACAAGGAACCGCUACUGUGGCCAGCUGCAACAGAUUCAGGAACAGAUCAGUCAGGUGGAGGCUCAGCUUGCUGAGGUCCGGGAAGAAACCGAGUGUCAGAACCAGGAAUAUGGCAUUCUGCUGAGCAUCAAGACACGGCUGGAAAAAGAAAUUCAGACUUACCGAAGCCUCCUUGAAGGCGGCCAACAAGACUUUGAAUCUUCUGGAGCUGGACAAAUUGGCUUUGGAAGUGGCAAAGGAAGACGAAGAGGAAGUGGAGGCAGCUAUGGAGGAGGAAGUGGAGGAGGAAGUGGAGGCAGCUAUGGAGGAGGAAGUGGAGGAGGAAGUGGAGGCAGCUAUGGAGGAGGAAGUGGAGGAGGAAGUGGAGGCAGCUAUGGAGGAGGAAGUGGAGGAGGAAGUGGAGGCAGCUAUGGAGGAGGAAGUGGAGGAGGAAGUGGAGGCAGCUAUGGAGGAGGAAGUGGAGGCAGCUAUGGAGGAGGAAGUGGGGGCAGCCGUGGUGGAGGAAGUGGAGGAAGCCAUGGAGGAGGAAGUGGAGGCAACCAUGGAGGAGGAAGUGGGGGCAGCCAGGGUGGAAAAAGUGGAGGCAGCCAUGGUGGAGGAAGUGGAGGUAGCUACGGAGGAGGAAGCAGUUCUGGGGGAGGUAGUGGAGGAAGCUAUGGUGGAGGAAGCAGUUCUGGGGGAGGAAGUGGAGGAAGUUAUGGUGGAGGAAGCAGUUCUGGGGGAGGAAGUGGAGGAAGUUAUGGUGGAGGAACCUACCAUAUGCGAUACUAG